CCAGGACCUUCUGCAGAGAAGAGGAAGUAUGAUCGCAAGUUUUUACUGAGCUUUCAGUUCAUGCCUACUUGCCUACAGAAGGCAGAGGGGCUUCCUGACUUCCCUUGCAAGGUGAAUGAAAAAAGGCUGCCCAUGCGUCCAAUGGAUCAACCCAUGGGCUCCAAAUGCCCAAGAGGCAAAAUCGCAGCUGUAUCAACUAUCUGGUUGCAAAGAAAUAGACCACCAGCUGAAGGAACAUGUGGAUCUGAACAAGGCAGAGAACGCCUGGAAGCCCGGCCUAAAAAUGAGCAUGGCCGGUGAGAAUCCAGAGGACCAGGAAAGUGAGGCUGGUGUAAAGGAGAGGUUGAAGUUUGAUUUGAACGAGGGAAAAAAGAAGUCUCGUAGACGAUCCAUUGCCAACAUGAAGUUCAUUGGUGAGCUCUUCAAGCAGCAGAUGUUGAUAGAGUUCACAAUCCAUGAAUUCAUGGGGAGCCUGCUCAGAAACAACAACGAGGAGCAGUCACUAGAGUGCCUCUGCAUGCUGCUCACCACUGUUGUCAAAAAUGGAUCAAUACUUGAGCCAUGUGGUGAGGUUGGUCAUGGAGCUAAAGACGACUUCGCAAAUUUGCUUCAUGCUGCAGGAUGUCAGCGAAUUGCGGCUGUACUAGUGACAAGGCCCUCAAGCCCAGCUGCUGAGGCUAUUGCACUGCAGAGCUCAGAGGGGCCCUCUCCUCAGAGCCUUACUUCAUCCCUGGUCCUGCCAGAGGAAGCAGCAGCAGUGGAGGUAGGACUCCCAAGCCCAGCAACUGUACCCAUCACUUCCACACCAGAGACUUCAGAAGAUUCCUCUACUCUGAGUCUCUCCAUGCCCCUUGUCCUGAUUGAAGAGGUGCCAGCAGUAGAGGCAGGACCCUUAAGCCCAGUUGCUGAGGCCAUUGCACCAGCACCAGAGAGCUCAGAGGAGCCCUCUUCUCAAAGCCUCUCCAUGUCCCCAGUCCUGCCUGAAGAGAUACCAGCAGUGGAGGCAGGACCCUCAAGCCCAGCAGUUGAGGCCAUUGCAAAAGCACCAGAGAGCUUAGAUGAGUUCUCAUUUCUCAUCUCCACAUCUUCAGUCCAGCCAGAAAAGGCGGCAUCGGUUGAGGUAUCACCUUCAAGCCUAGCAGCUGGACCCUUUGCACCAGAGAGCUCAGAGGAGUCCUCUCUUCAGAGCCUCUCAGUGUCCCCUGUCCUGCCUGAAGAGGUGCCAGCAGUGGAGGUAGGACCCUCAAGCCAAGCUGCUGAGGCCUUCGCACCAGAGACUUCAGAGGAGCCCUCUCCUCAAAGUCUCUUCAUGUCCCCGGUACAGCCUGAAGAGGUACCAGCAGUGGAGGCAGGACCCUCAAGCCCAGAAGCUGAGGCCAUUACACCAGCAACAGAAAACUCAGAGGAGCUCUCAUCUGGAUGCAUUUCCACAUCCCUAGUCCAGCCAGAAGGUGCAGCAGAGUUAGAGGCAGGACUCUCAAGCCCUGCAGUUGGACUUUUUGCAUCAGAGAGCUCAGAGUAGCCCUCUCGUCAGAGCCUCGCAAUGUCACAGGUCCAAUCUGAAGAGGCGGCAAAGCUAGAGGCAAGACCUUCAAGCCUAGCAGCUGAGCUUGCACUUUCACCAGACAGUUUAGAAGAGCCCUGUCCUCAGAUGUUCUCCAAGCCCCCAGCUAAACUGGACCAGAUUACAGCGGGGGUUGUUAUCAUCAGGGCCAUUUCAUUCAUGGUAAGUACAAUCUUUUUUUAGGGACCAUUUACAGGAAACUGAACAUUUUAAGAAAAUGGUGCAAAAAACAAACAAAAAACUGCAUUUAAAAAUGGCGCAAAUAGAAUAUGGUGCCAAUAAAAACUGUGUAUUUCUUUUUUUAGAGACAAUGCACAUUCAUUUACAUCGCACUGUGAUAUAUAUGUGCUAGAUUUAGCCAAAAUGGCACAUUUUCAUGUGUUGUCUUUGAUGAAAAAACAACAACCCUACAGUAAGCCAAAAACCAUUCUAUGCACAUAUUCUAAUAAGUUCUUAAAACAUAUCAACAAAACACUUAGAAACAAACCACAUAUCACACAUUUCAAAACAUACCCAGAGUGAGGUGUCUUUUUUUUUCAGAAUCAUCUUUUUGCUUGACCUGACACACGCACACAAAUUCUCUGGAAUAAUUUCAAACAAUGAU